AUGGCCUACCACGGUGAACACUCCCCUCAUCCUUACGACGAAGGCGGCCCUCGUCUCCAAGAUAUUCCUGCUUCUCAGUACCCCGACGACGAGGAUGCGUCGCGCGGACUGCUCUCUCACCAAGGUCCAUUCGCGACCCCUUUCGAUGACCCUCAUUCCCGCGGCCAAUCCCCCGUUCGCCCCGGUACCGCCGGCACGGCCUACCAUGACCCCUAUUCUGUACAAUCGGAGAACCCAGCAGCCGCCUUUGGUGUUCCUGGACGAGUUGCCUCUCCCUACGCCCGCAGCGAGACCUCUUCGACCGAGGCCUGGCGCCAGCGACAAGCUCCUGCUGGUGGUGCUGGAGGUGGCGGUCUCCGCCGAUAUGCCACCCGUAAGGUGAAGCUGGUUCAAGGCUCUGUCCUGAGUAUCGACUACCCAGUGCCCAGUGCCAUUCAAAACGCCAUCCAAGCCAAGUACCGCAACGAUGUCGAGGGCGGCAGCGAAGAGUUCACCCAUAUGCGAUACACUGCGGCCACCUGUGAUCCGAACGAGUUCACUCUGCACAAUGGUUACAACCUUCGUCCCGCGAUGUACAACCGACACACCGAGUUGUUGAUUGCCAUUACCUAUUACAACGAAGAUAAGAAUUUGACUGCCCGUACUCUGCAUGGUGUGAUGCAAAACAUUCGUGAUAUCGUGAACCUCAAAAAGUCUGAGUUCUGGAACAAGGGUGGACCUGCUUGGCAGAAAAUCGUUGUUUGUCUCGUGUUCGACGGUAUUGACCCUUGUGACAAGGACACUUUGGAUGUCCUCGCUACAGUCGGUAUCUAUCAGGAUGGUAUCAUGAAGCGUGAUGUCGAUGGAAAAGAGACUGUGGCCCACAUUUUCGAAUAUACGACUCAAUUAUCGGUCACUCCUUCACAACAGCUCAUUCGCCCUACCGACGAUGGCCCAAGUACCCUCCCUCCCGUGCAGAUGAUGUUCUGCUUGAAGCAAAAGAACAGCAAGAAGAUUAAUUCCCACCGUUGGCUUUUCAAUGCCUUCGGUCGUAUCCUGAACCCCGAGGUCUGCAUUCUUCUCGAUGCCGGUACCAAGCCUGGUCCUAAGUCUCUUCUCUAUCUGUGGGAGGCAUUCUACAAUGACAAGGAUCUUGGUGGUGCCUGUGGUGAGAUCCACGCUAUGUUGGGUAAGGGAUGGCGCAAUCUCAUCAACCCGCUCGUCGCGGGCCAGAACUUCGAGUAUAAGAUCAGUAACAUCCUGGAUAAGCCCCUUGAGAGUUCAUUCGGUUAUGUCUCUGUGUUGCCCGGUGCUUUCUCUGCUUACCGGUUCCGUGCUAUUAUGGGACGACCCCUAGAGCAGUACUUCCACGGUGACCACACUCUAUCCAAGCAAUUGGGUAAGAAGGGUAUCGAGGGUAUGAACAUCUUCAAGAAGAACAUGUUCUUGGCCGAGGAUCGUAUUCUCUGUUUCGAGCUUGUCGCCAAGGCAGGCUCGAAGUGGCAUUUGUCGUACGUGAAGGCCUCCAAGGCCGAAACUGACGUGCCUGAAGGUGCGGCCGAAUUUAUUUCGCAGCGUCGUCGUUGGUUGAACGGUUCGUUUGCAGCCGGUAUCUACUCCCUGAUGCACUUCGGCCGUAUGUACAAGAGUGGACACAACAUUGUCCGCAUGUUCUUCCUCCACAUCCAGAUGCUGUACAACAUCUUCAACACCAUCCUUACUUGGUUCUCUCUCGCCUCUUACUGGUUGACCACCACUGUCAUCAUUGACCUGGUGGGCACUCCCAGCAAAUCAAACGGCGAUAGUGGUUUUCCCUUCGGAACGACAGCCACUCCUAUCGUCAACACGUUCCUGAAAUACAUCUACCUGGGUUUCCUGGGUCUUCAAUUCAUCCUUGCCCUUGGUAACCGUCCCAAGGGAUCUAAGUUUUCCUACCUGGCCUCCUUCAUAUGGUUUGCUCUGGUCCAGGUCUACAUUGUUGUUGACUCCAUUUAUCUGAUCAUCCGUGCUUUCUCGAACCAUAACACCAUGGACUUCGAUACCACGCACGGAGUGGGUGGUUUCCUCAAGUCCUUCUUUGGAUCUGCCGGAGCUGGUAUUAUCAUCAUCGCUCUGGCUGCUACUUUCGGUCUCUACUUUCUGGCUUCCUUCAUGUAUGCCGACCCAUGGCACAUGUUCACCUCCUUCCCCCAGUACUUCCUUCUCCAGUCCUCUUACAUCAACAUCCUCAAUGUCUACGCCUUCAGCAAUUGGCACGAUGUUUCUUGGGGUACCAAGGGAUCUGACAAGGCCGAUGCGCUGCCCUCUGCCAAAACAGAGAAGGGGGAUGACAGUAAGGAUGUCCACAUCGAGGAAAUUGACAAGCCUCAGGCCGAUAUUGAUAGCCAGUUUGAGGCGACUGUCAAGCGUGCCUUGACGCCCUAUGUCGCGCCUGUUGAGCAUGAGGAGAAGUCUUUGGAGGACUCUUAUAAGAGUUUCCGUACUCGGCUGGUCACUUUCUGGGUUUUCAGUAACGCUCUGUUAGCGGUCUGCAUCACCAGCAAGGGUAUUGACCAGUUUGCUUUCACCAACACUUCUACUGAACGUACUACCCGCUUCUUCCAAGCCCUCCUGUGGUCCAACGCCGUGAUGGCUCUUUUCCGCUUCAUUGGCUGCUGUUGGUUCUUGGGUCGCACUGGUAUCAAGUGCUGCUUCGCCCGUCGGUAG